AUAGUCAUUAUAUACAUGUUUUAAGAGAACACAUGUUCAUCAAAAAAGAAAAUGCAGAAAAAUAAACUUUAUCGAGGACAUCUGUUCAAUGGGUAGAUCAAUCUAAAGAAGAAUUAUUAUUUAAGAUAAUAAUUCAAUUAAUUGAAUUUUCUGAAAAAGAAAAUAUUUGUUUUGUUUAAUUAAAUCCUCUGAAUGUCAAAUGAUUCAAAUUACAUUAUCAAUAAAUGAUAAUCUAGCGACUACUACUAGACAAUUUUGAUUGAUAUGAUCAGAUGACGCCUAAUAGAAUGAAUAGAACUUGUCAAGCAAAUAAGGUCAUCUCAUGAUUGAAAUCAUUGGAUGAUUCUUUAAGUGACCUUUCGAGAGAGAGCAGACGAAAAAAAAAUAUGUAAACGCGGACAUGAUUUGUUUUUCUAAUAAACUAAUUUUUCUUAGUAAAUCCGAAAAAAAAAGAAUUUCGAAAUUUUCUUGUUUUAAUGCUUUGUCUAAUAAUGUAUUUAAAUUAAUAUUGACAGCUAAUAUAAAUAUCGAAUUAGAAAGAGGCGGAAGUGUGUUUUCCAAAGGGAAAACAGUCAAUUUUAAUUAUGUAAUGGACAAAGUUUAUAAAGAUUGACAUCUUAUAUUUUACGAUUGUAAUAUAAAUGAAUUAAAAUAAAAUAUUGACUUGUUAAUAUUUUUAUGAGUAAUGGUAGUAAUAAGUAAUCUAAAUCUUGAUUGUCUGUUUAAAUGAUACAUAUAAAAUGUUUAAUGCGAAUUAUAAUCACAAAAGAUCGAACAUUUUGUUAUGAAAGAGAUAUAAAUCAUCAUUGAUGUGUAUUUGUAUAUAUAUAUUGGUUUUUUAAGGUUAUCUUCGUCUAACUCAUCCUUUAAUCGGUUUAUCAAAAUCAUCAUAUUGGCUUGCAAUACGUCUAACACGCUAUCGUGCUCAUCCACCGCAUACAUUUGUUCAUAUUCAUCUAUCAAUCCGACAAGAAAAUUUUUAUCUUCCACAAUGUGUCAAUAUUUAUCAAAAUGUCAAAGUAUAUGAUUAUUCAACUCAACAUCCAUUUGCUCGUGUUGAAGCUAUAUCAUUAAAUAAAAAUUCACUUCUUCAAUAUUCAAUUAAUGAUAAUGAUCAAUAUGAAAAAAUCUUUUCCAUUGAUCAACGAACUGGUUUUCUUAAUUUAUUACCAUCAGUUUCAAAUAAUCGUCGAUUAAAAUCUGAUUAUCUUUUAACAAUCAAAACAUUCGAUAUUCAAUAUAAAUUUUCUGUUAAUUGUUAUGUUAAUAUUCAUCUUAUUCGUCGACGUCAAUUAAUACCAAAAUUUAUUUAUUCACCAAGUUAUAAUAUUAAUUCGUAUGAAAUUGAACGGAAUAGUGGAAGAUUAAGACAACGUUUAUUUCAAAUUAUUGCAUUAUUAGAUAAUAAAGUUUAUGAUAAAAAACUUGAAAUACGAUAUCGAAUUGCUGAUACAAAUCAACAUUUUAUUAUUAAUCGACAAACAGGAUAUGUUGCUGCAAAACAACCAUUAAAAGCUUAUACAACAUAUGAAUUUAAUGUUGAAGCAUUUACUGUUGCACAUCGUGAUGAUAUAUUAUCAGAUGGAAAUGAAAAUGAAGAUGACGAACAACAUACUAAUCGAGGUAAAUGGCGUAUAGUCUCAUCUCGUGUAUCAUUACCGAUAAAAAUUCAAAUUUUACCAAUGAUAUCUGCCAAUCAAUCAUUAUCACCUACAAUUGAUUCGACAAUAAAUACAGAUUUAUUGACAACAACUGAAGUUGGUUCAACAAUUUUACAACUUGGAAUAAAUAAUCGAUUGAAUAAUACUCAAUGGUUUGUUAUGAUUGGACAUAUACGUAAUACACGAUAUUUUCAUGUGGAUUUUCAAACUGGUCAAUUGAUUCUUAUUCGUCCUAUUGUUGAAUUAUUAAAUCAAACAAAUAUAAUUGAACUUCAUAUUAAUGUAACAAAUGAUUGGAUUAAUAUGAAUACAAUUAAAGUUAUUAUACGAAUUAUAAAUAAUCAAAUUCCAUCAAUUGAAUUUCCGCAAAAUGAUUAUUAUACAUCUAUAUCAAAAAAUAUUCCACUUGGUGCUGAAAUAGCACGGUUAACAAUUGAUAAUUCAGUUAAUGAUUGUACAUAUUCAAUCGAUACAGUUGAAAAAAUCAAAUCAAAAGAUUUGUUUCGUAUUGAUUCAUUUUCAGGUUCCGUAACUGUUAUUAAUUCAUUAGAAAAUUCUUCAAGUCAAACACAUCUAUUAACAAUUAUUUAUCGUUGUCAACAUAAUUAUCAUAUAGCACAUACAAAUUUACAUAUUCAAAUACUUGAUGAAAAGAAUUUAUUAAAUAAAACAACGGAUUCAUAUAGAUUUAGUCAAGACAAUUAUUUAAUUAUAUUUGAAACAUCAUUAAUUAAAAAUCGAAGAAAAUAUUUAAUGAAUUUUGAAUUGAUUAGUAAUGAUGAUGAAGAAAAAAGAAGAAUACCGAAUACAAAAAUUCUACAAGGUGAUCCAUUAGGUUUAUUUUCAAUCGAUUCAUCUAAUCAAUCCCUUAUUUUUCUUGAUGAAUCACUUGCUCGUUCAUAUACUUAUCCAUUAAAUUUAACUAUUAUCGAUGUAUCACAAAUGGAUACAAUUAUUUCUAUUGUAACAAUAUUUAUAUCUAAUAUUGGUAUUUAUUUUCCAUGUCCAUCAUAUGUUAAAACAUCUCCAUAUCUUUUUACAUAUGAAUCUUUACCUUUGAAAAGUAUUGAUCCACUUACUGGUCAACAAUAUAAAUCAUAUAAUUCCUUAAUUGUUCGUGCCUUUGAUCCAUUUACACCGAUUAAUGGUGAAGCAUCCAAUCUUGCUGAAUGUAUUAUUGAUAAUGAUAAUAAUAUUUCUCAAAAUCUUUCAAUAAAAAAUCUUGAUUUUAUAUUUGAAAAUGAAAAUUAUUUUGGUUAUAUAAAUGAUUCAUUUGGUUCAUCAUCGUUUAUAUAUACUGAUCAACAAACUCCUUUACAUAUUCAAUUAAAAACUUCAUUUAAUCUACUUGAUACAACUUAUCAUUUAUUAAAUGAAACACAUCGUAAUUAUUUUCAAUUAGAUGAAUACGCUGGUUUAAUUAAAUAUAAUUCAUUAGAAAAUUUACAAAAUAAAUAUUCAUUUCUUAUUUAUGCAAAAUAUCAAUCUUUAAUAACAUUUACACGUAUAAAUCUUUUUAUUAAUCAUAAAAUUAUAUUAAAACAACCUGCAUAUCAAUCUAUAUAUGAAUUUAAAUUAUAUACACCAUUUGUAAAUAAUUCUACAAUUGGAUAUAUAAAUACAUCAAAUAAAAAUUUAACAAUUUUAAAUGAAAAUAUUUUACCUAUGAUAUCAAUUGAUGGGUUGGGCAGAUUAUAUAUUAAAAAUCGAACAUUAAUAUUAACAAGUGGAAAUUUUUAUGAUUUUCUUAUACAAGAUGAAGAUUUAAAAAUUAUUCGAAUACAGCUUCUUGUUAUAAGUGAUUUAAAUCAAAUAUCUGAAUGUAUAUUAAAUCGUUUGGAUUAUUCCACGGAUCAACAAUUCAUUGGAUUUGUUAAUAUAAUAAAUAGAAAUCAAACAAAUAUAAAUUGUUAUCAAUCAAUAAAUCAAUCAUUUUAUCUUUUAAAUUAUAAUGAAUUAUUUUUACUUGAUCGCCAACAUGGUUUAUUAUAUUAUCGAAAUCCAAAUCAAAGUAUUAAUGAAGAUGUAGUACUUUUAAUUCAAACGGAUAAUUCAAAAUGUUUAAUUACAGUUGAAAAAUCAAUAUCAAAUAUUUCUUAUAUAAUGAUUAGAAAUGGAAGUCAAUUACAAAUAGAUUUGAACGAAAAAUAUAAUAUUCAAAAGUCUUCUGGUCAAUUAAAAUUAGUUAACGGUACAUUAUUUAAUUAUGAUAUAAUUCCAUUUCAAUCACCCAUAUUUUCCCAAAAAUCUUAUGAUUUCUCUCUAAAUCUAACAAAUCCUAUUAAUCAUUCAAUAUUUAUUGGUCAAAUAUCAGCAGAACCAUAUGAUAAAAACCGUAGUCAUGUUGUUUAUCAAUUUCUUAAUCGAAAUAAAUAUUAUCUUAUUAACCCUGAUAAUGGUAUUAUUGAAUAUAUAUCUAAUGAAUAUUAUAAUAAAACAUUGGAACAAUUUCAAAUCCUUGCACGUGAUUUAAUCUACGGACAAAAUACAACAAUUAAUAUAACAAUUCAUAUAAGAAAAUCUGAUGAAAUUUCAUUCUCAUCAUUAAUUUAUGAAAAAAACAUAUCAGAAAUUCUUCCACCUGGAUCAUUAAUUAUUCAAUCGAAUUCUUCUACAUUACGAGAUUAUAAUUCUAAUCUAUUUGAAAAAAAUCCUAUCACCGGAGAAAUUAUUUUAAUGAAUUAUUUAUCCGACAAAUUUUAUUCAUUUAAACUUCAAACAUUAAAACAAAUCUCAAUUGUUAAAUUAAUCGUCAAUGAUUAUAACAGUCAUUAUCCACAAUUUCAAAAUCCACCAAUAAAUUUAUCCUUAUCAUCAUCCCAAACAUUUAUUACAAAAUUAUCUGCCAAUGAUCUUGAUUUAAAUGAUAAUCGAAAUCUUAAAUAUUAUCUUCUUGAUAAAGACCAAGAAAAAUAUUUUUCAAUUAAUUCAACAAAUGGAAUCAUUACAAUGAAUAAUUCCACAUUAAAUAAAAAUUUUUAUCAAUUAAAUAUCGGCGUUAGUGAUGGAUUAUAUUUAACAAAAACAUAUUUUCAAAUACAAUUAAAUAAUUAUUCAAAAAAUUCUCCGAAAUUUUCUUCGAAUGAAUACAUAUUUCAAUAUGAUCAAACUAAAGAUGUAUUCGGACAAAUAAUUGCGUAUGAUUUAGAUAUUAACGAUAAAAUAUUCUACGAUCUCUAUCUUCAACCACAUGGCGUUGAAAUAAAUAAAUCAUCAGGGUUAAUUAAAAUCCCUAAAACAUUAUUUCUUAAACCAAUUAUUGAAUUUUAUGCAUCAGCUACUGAUUUAUCUAAUCAAAUAGUUUAUACGAAAAUCAAACUUAUCUAUUCGAUUCAACCGAAAUUUAAUUCAAAUUUAUAUUUCAUAUCUUUAUUAACAUCGAAUAUGAUUAUCCCAUUGGAAAUAUUUCAAUUUGAUAUUGUUGAUUUAUUUAAUCAAUCGUUAAAAUCAGCUAAAUAUCAAUUAAAAAAUCAAACCAAUUUAUUUGAAAUGAAUGACAAUAAAUUAAUAUUGAAAGAAUAUCUUCUUCCAACGGAUAAAUAUUAUUUGAAUGUAAAUGCUUAUUGGAAAAAUUUUAUUAUUCAAACAUCAAUACAAAUUAAUUUUGUGGAAAAAUUUAUUCAUUUAGAAAAGAAAUCGUAUGAAUUUCAAUUAGAAAAAAAUUUAUUAAAAAAAGAUUUUUUUAUUGAAAAAUUUUCAAUUGAAAAUAAUUUUCGAUUAAAAAUUUCUUCAACGCCGUUAACAAGAAAUGAUUGUCAUGAUAAUUUUUAUAUUAAAUCAAAUGAAUUAAUUUUUUCCAAUUUUCCAGUAUUAUCUGAUAUAUGUUUCUUUGAAUUACAUUUAACGGAUAAUAUCAGUAUAUCAACAAGUCAAGUUAAAAUUUUAUUUAUGGAUUCAAAUAUUCAACCAAAAUUUUCAUCGAAAAUUUAUUAUUUUUAUAUUAAAAAUAAUGAUGAUUAUACAAAAAAUAUUUUUCGAGUUUUUGCUAAUAGUUCAAAUUCGAUUCGAUAUAAAUUAGAAAAUAAUUCCUAUGGUUUAUUUAUAAAUUCAAACGAUGGAACAUUAAAAUUUCAAUAUAAUUUAGAUUUUAUGAAAGAUAUUGAUCGAAUAUAUUUAAAUGUUUAUGCAAUUGAUGAAAAAAACAAUGUAAAUGAUACAGCUUUAAUUGAUAUAUCAUUCAAUGAAAGAAAACAAUUUGAAUUACCAAAGAAUUAUUCACAAAUAGAAUUAUGUCCAAAUAUACCUAUUCUACUUUCUGAUCAAAGUUUACCGGGUACUGUUAUUCAAGAUAUAAGUCUUAAUAUUAAUAAUAUUUCCAAUAAUUAUUACAUCUUAUCUGGAGAUACAUACGGUCUUUUUGCUAUAAAUAAUCUUGGUCAACUUUAUUUAACAUCACCAAUACUCAAUCAAACAUCUGAAGAAUAUUUCGAAUUAACUAUUCUUAUAUCUUCAUUAUCAUCAUCAUUAUCCUAUUGUCGUACUAAUAUAUCAACUAUACGAACACCUAAAUGGUCACACUUUAUUUGUCCAGCAAUACCAAUUCAAUGGAUGAUUAAUGAAGAAUCUCCAAUUGGUACAAUCAUUGGAACAGUAAAAGAAACUUUAUUAACAAUUAAUAAUUCUUCGGAAUUAAUCAAUCAUCUACAAUUUAAAUUAAAUAUAAAUUAUAAUGAUGCACAAUUCUUUCUUCUUAAUUCUCGAACAGGUGUAAUCACAUCCAACGCACGUCUUGAUUACGAACAAAAACCAUAUUAUUCAUUUUCAGUUAUCCUUGAACCUACUGAAUUAAAUUGUUCAGUAUUAAUUUAUAUUAAAUUAAUUAAUAUGAAUGAUAAUCCAAUAGUUUUCAAUAAUAAAUCAUUAAUUUAUAAUGUAACUGAAAAUAAUCUUGUUCCAUUCUAUGUUGGUCGUAUAGAUUUAAUUGAUAUUGAUCAAUUAUUUAUUUCCGAAUAUGAAUAUUAUCUUAAAAAUGCUUCCUCACAAAUUUCAAUUGAUCCAAUAACUGGUUCAAUUAUUUUAUAUGAAAAACUUGAUAGAGAAUAUCAUGGAUCAUUUAUCCAAUAUGAAAUUCUCGCUAUUGAUAUUCAUAAUCAAGGAAAUAAUUUAACAAAUCAAUUAAUUCUUUAUAUUAAUGAUUUGAAUGAUAAUGGACCAAUGUUUGAUAAAGAUAAUUAUUCUCUUAAUAUAAGUAAAACAAUUCGACCAAAUGCAAAUAUAUUUCAAGUAAAUGCAACAAGUAAAGAUCCAAUAGUGAAUGGAAAUCUAACAUAUUAUUUAUUAAAUUCAACUGAUUAUUUUUCAAUUGAUGAACAUACAGGAAUAAUUCGUUUAAAACAAUCACUUUCAUCAAUGAUUACAAAUUUUACAUUAAAUAUUCAAGUAUUUGAAGAUGGUGUUAAUUUAACUGAUCAAAUGAAUUUAUUUAUAUCAAUUAUUAAUGAUGAUAAUGUUUAUUUUGAUCUAGAAAAUCAAAAAAAAUGUUUUAUUAAUGAAAAUGAAAAUAUCGGAACAAGAAUUUGUACAAUUGGAAGAAAUUCAAAUGAUUUUAUUUAUGAAUUAAUCGAUAAAAUGAAUUUUUUUCAAUUAAUAGAAAAUAAUGGAACAAUUAUAAAUAAAAAAAUAUUCGAUUAUGAAAAUGAUUUACAUCAAUAUAAUGUAACAAUUAUUGUUAGAGAUCGAGAAAAUCAGUCUAUUCCAUUAUCUUCAUUAAAUCUAACAAUAUACAUUGGUAAUAUUAAUGAUAAUCAUCCUGAAAUUUUAACGAAAAAUUUUACAACACUUGUUUAUUUUUAUCAACCAUCGGUUGAUACAGUUCUUCAUAGAAUUGAUAUUAUUGAUAAAGAUUAUUCAAAUUUAACAUUUGAAAUUUUUAAUAAUACAUUUUCAUCAUAUAAAAUUCAGUUGAAUGGAAAUACAACUGAACUUAUUCUACUUGAACCUAUUCUUGUUGAUCAUGAAGAUAAUUUAAUUAUUCGUGUUUGGGAUAAUGAUACAUUAUUAUCUCCAUAUUAUAUUGAUUUAUAUCUUCGUUUAAUAUAUCUUCAACGACAAAUAGAACUUCCAACAAUUCUUCCACAAACCAUAGAUGGGUAUAUAAACUUAGAAGAACAAUCUUCUAGAGUAAAUUUUGGUGAAAUAUUUCUUCAAAAUCAUUCAGAAUAUAAAUUUAUAUUAUAUAAUUUAAUAUCAGAUAAGAAUUUUUUUCUUAAACAAAUAUCAAAUAAUCAAACUGAACUUUAUUUUAAUUCCUUACAACAAUAUUCUCAACAACAAAAACAUCAACGUUUAUUACAAUAUCAAAUUGAAUUAACAGCUAUUGCUAUUAAUCAAUCAAUACCAAAUAUUAAUUUUUCAAAUAAUACAAUUAUUUAUCUUCCAACAAAUAUAAAUUCUUCAGUAAAAUCUCAUUCAAUUGAUAUACAUUUAUGGUUAAUUGAUCGUGAAAUGUUAGAUCGUACAUUAUCAAUAUUAAUUAAUUUAAAUCCGAAAUCAACAUAUGAACAAUUUAUAAUGAAUAGUUUACCUUUAGUACGUGAACAUUUAGCAGCAAUUAUUGGUGUACAUAUUCGUCAUGUACAUAUAUAUUCAUUUAAUUUUAAAAAUCCUAAUCAAAUUGAAUUACUUAUUGCUAUUAUACGUUAUCCAUCACGUUUAAGACCACCACGUUAUAUACAUAAAAAAUUAGUUUAUAAUGUAUUAAAAAAUUCAAGUAAUCUUUUUGAAAAAAUUCCAAAUAUAAAAUCCAUAGAAAAAAUUUCAAUAAAUCAAUGUCAAGUAAAUUCAUGUGAAAAUAAUGGUCGUUGUACAAGUCAUAUUAAACUAUAUUUAAAUCAAUAUGAUUAUUUUUAUUAUAAUACAUAUCAACGUUUAAUACCAAAAUAUCAAUGGAAUAUAAAAUGUUUAUGUUUAAAUCAUUAUUAUGGACAACAUUGUCAAUUUAAACAAGAUUAUCAAUCACCAUGUUCAUCAAAUCCUUGUUCAUCAUUGGAAAGAUGUAUUGAAGAAAGUUCAACUUUAUAUACAUGUCAAUGUAUUGAUGAACCAUGUAAUUAUAAUGAAAUUAUAUCGGAAAGUACAUUAGAUUGUAUUAAUAUUAAUUCACCAACAUGUCGAGGUAUGUUAUUGAAUAAAUUUAUUUACUGCGAUGUGAUGUGAGGGUGUGGAUGAGGGCACAAAAUGAGAAUGAGGGUGCGGAUGUGAAUGAGAGUGAGAGUGUAAAUGAGAAUGAGAGCGAAUGUGAGUGAGCGUGAGGGUAAGGGUGCUGAUGUGAAUGACAGUGAGGGGGAUGAUGCGGAUGUGAAUAACAGUGAGGCCGAGGGUGCGG